AGAUUUUAAAUAGAACUAUAUCUCCUUUCAUACUUGCACAAUUCUGAGUCAUUAUAUAAAAGAUACCGAAAGUAGAAUAUAAGUAUUACACUUCAUGUAAUGAAUUCUCAAUAAUAUAAACAUGAGAACUAACAAAGCUUUAUUUUUUAUACUGUAUUUUGAAUUACAAUUAACAUGGUCACAAAUAGCUAUACCAGCAGCACUCAGGGAGUGUUACAGAAACAACAGUACACUGAAUCCCAAACUUCCAUUAAAUUUACGUGUAAUAAUAGAUAUCAUUCAAAAAAUGGAAAGGCAUUCGUAUACAACCAUGAAUAUGAGAAUAAUGUCAUCGGCAAUAUUACAUAGAUUCAAGUUUGAUGGUAUUGAAUAUCAAAAAGAUGUGCGAGCUUCAGAUAGUAUACUUCCAUUUAGUGGAACUGGAACUCAACGUACCAAACAUAAAUUAAUGGAAGAACUAAUUCCAGGCAAUGCAGAAAUUUUACCAGUUCAUAUACUUUCACAUGCAGAACGCUGUAUACUUCAUCAGGCUAUUUCAAAUACAGUUCUAAAAUAUGACAUUGAAGGAAGUAAUAAAAUAUGUAGUCAAAUCAUUCAGAGUGAAAAUUUAACAGGUAUAAGUGUAUCUACUAAAACACAGAGUUGUCCAAUACAACAAGGAGUAAUUCUGACAACAUAUGGAACUAUUGCCCCUGGAGCAAUUAUAGGAGCUGUUGCUGCAACACUUCAACAUCAAAAUGUUGCUGUGAACCAGUUAAUUACUACUUUGGAAACAUCUCCUUCAGAAACGAACUCCACAACUAUAUACAGUUUAAAAUACAAUGAAGAGGAAAUUGAUUUUAUUCUACCAAGAAGUGAUAUGAGUCGUGAACCAUCUAUGUGGUAUCAUGCAUUAAUGUCUUCAUCUAUGAAAGUUGAUAAUGUAUGGUUAACUACAAUUGCAGGCGAAUUAGCAGAAAUGGUAGUAUAUCAAGGGCCCUUGAUGGAAUUCAACAUGACUCUUGGUGCAACAGGAUUUUGGCAGAACAGAAUACGUCCAAUUAUUUUCUAUCUCACAAGUCCAUAUGAAAACUUUGAUGCAACACGAGCUGAACUACUAGGAGGCAUUGAUGGUAUGAUUAUCGCAAGUAACUUGAAGACUUGGAUUGAAGAUUUCUAUAGUCUUCGACUUAGUCAAAUUUUGGAGAUGUAUUAUUCCUAUAAAGGUAUUGCUUUUAACACAAAUAUUAGAGCUUGCGAUCGAUCACAAGCUUUCUUAUAUGCUGUGCCAAAAACUAUUCUGAAUGAACAGGUAUAUGCAAUAGCUCAGAUGUUAGCUUAUCAUAAAAGUAUUGCAUAUAUUCCACCUGAAAUUUUGCAGAAUUUGGUUGAAAGUGCUACUGAACAAUUUUAUACCUAUGCAGAAACUUAUCUAUUUCCGGAAUUGCCUUGUCAACAAAUAAAUCAUUCUCGGGUAGAGGCAUUAAUUGUGUUUGAUGGCUCAUGGACAGUAGAAUAUACAGUAGAUUUUUUAGCAGCUUUGAUACAAGACUUAAAUGUAUCAAUGUAUGGAUCAAAGAUCGGUAUAAUACAUGGUACCUCAGGAGAAUGGUUGUUAAAUAUUACAGACAGUCCAUCACUUGCGUUUGAAACAUUAAACAAUCUCACAAAUAUUUCAUGGCCUACACAACUGAAUUACACUAAAAUUUUGAAUACAAUAUUUACUCAUUUAAAUAAAACAUGGGAAAAUAAUGAAAAACAUCAUGUAAUUGGAAAUCUUGGUCAAAUAGUUGUACUAUUAUCUCCGUUAGGUUCUAUGUCUAAUGAUGAUAAACUAUCAGCAAUGACGAUUCUACGUGAAAUAAAGUAUAAUCAUCCAGAUGUUCAUUACGUGUAUUAUACAUCACUAUCUAAUACUAAAUUCUUUGCAUCGUUUAUUCUAUCCAGUGAAGAUCAUUUAAUAGAAAACUCAAAUAUGAACGCUAUUACUCGAUAUGUAUCAAAAAUUCCAAUGAUACUGAGACCUAUGUCUUUCAACUCACAUGAUUCAAACAACUUUCUUCCGCAAUUUGAAGACUAUAUAAGUCCUUCGGAAUCUAUUACAUACAAAAUGCAUUCAAACUGGAAGCAAAAUAUGGAAAAAACAUCGAUCACAAUUCAUACAUUUGGAUAUGGUACCAUGAAAGCUUGUUCAUGGAUACAAUUUAAAUCAGACGAUAAAGAAAAGUUUCAGUGCAAGGAAUUAACUGGUUAUAAAGAAAUUAAUUUAACCAAUCACUACAAAUGUGUUAAGACUUUGCCUUGUCCUAACGUAUAUCUUCAAAUACAAAAUGUGACCUCUUUAUAUAAAUGUGCAGAAAUAGACUGUAAAACACCAGAUCAGGUAAGAUUUAUUAUAAGAAUGAAUCGGCAGAGUUUAGAGCAAGAAAAUUCUGCAAAUAAAAAUGUACUAGUAUUACUUAACCUUUUGACAUUAUUUAUACUCCACAUAUUAAUGUAA